UCGAGAAACACAGAAACAAAGAGAGAAAAACUCAGACAACCACCGAAAACAAGACAGUCGUUUCCUCUCUCUCUCUCUUUCUCUUUUUUAAAAAAAAAAGAUUGUAGCUUUUUUCUCUGUCUUCUCAAAAGUUUCCGCUUUUUUCUCGCUGGUGAGAAAGAAGAAGAACAAGAAGUGAGGCAUAACAAAAAACAAAACAAAAAACUUGAUGUCUGAUCCGGCGAUUAAGCUAUUUGGGAAGACGAUUCCUUUGCCGGAGCUUGGUGGAGAUUCUUCUAUCAGCUAUACCGGAGUUUCAACCGAACAUCAAGACCAGAAUCUUGUUCGGUUAUCAGAUUCGUGUACCGGAGAUGAUGAAGGGAUGGGUGAUUCCGGUUUAGCAGGAGGAGGAGGAGAUGACGGUGGUUUUCGCGGUAGAGAUAGCGAGAGUGAAAAGGAAGAAAAAGAUAACGAGUGCCAAGAAGAGCACAGAGAAGAAGAGUCAUUGAGGGAUGAGUCUAGUAACGUUGCUACAACAUCUGGUAUUACAGAGAAAACAGAAACAACAAAAGCUGCAAAGACAGAAGAAGAGUCGUCACAGAACGGGACUUGCUCUCAAGAGACGAAGCUAAAGAAACCAGACAAGAUUCUCCCUUGCCCGCGAUGUAACAGCAUGGAGACCAAGUUCUGUUACUACAACAACUACAACGUUAACCAACCUCGCCAUUUCUGCAAGAAAUGUCAGAGAUAUUGGACAGCUGGAGGAACCAUGAGGAAUGUUCCGGUUGGUGCAGGGAGACGCAAGAACAAGAACCCUGCUUCUCAUUAUAACCGUCACGUAAGCGUAACAUCUGCGGAAGCUACUAUGCAGAAGGCGGCGAUAAGAACCGAUCUUCAACAUCCUAAUGGUACAAAUCUCCUCACUUUUGGCUCUGAUUCAGUCAUAUGUGAAUCCAUGGCUUCAGGAUUGAAUCUUGCUGACAAGUCAAUGAUGAAGACACAAACCGUAUUGCAAGAACCUAAUGAAGGAGGCUUAAAGAUUACAGUUCCUAUAAACCCAUCAAACGAGGAGAUUGGAACAAUCAGCUCAUUGCCAAAAAUUCCAUGCGUUCCAGGACCACCACCAACUUGGCCUUACGCUUGGAACGGUGUUUCGUGGACGGUUGUACCGUUUUACCCUCCGCCUGCUUACUGGGGAGUUUCACCGGGGACAUGGAACAGCUUCACUUGGAUGCCACAACCAAAUUCACCUUCUUCUGGUUCCGGUCCAAAUUCUCCAACGCUUGGUAAACAUUCACGAGACGAGAACGCUGCUGAACCAGGAACCGGUUUUGAAGAAACAGAGUCACCUGGUAGAGAGAAGAGCAAACCGGAGAGAUGCCUUUGGGUUCCCAAGACGCUGAGGGUCGAUGAUCCAGAGGAAGCUGCUAAAAGUUCGAUAUGGGAAACAUUAGGGAUCAAAAAGGACGAAAAGGCGGAUACUUUUGGAGCUUUCAGAUCACCAAACAAAGAAAAAAGCUGUCUUUCUGAAGGGAAACUUCCGGGAAGACGACCGGAGUUGCAAGCGAAUCCGGCUGCUCUGUCUAGGUCAGCAAACUUCCAUGAAAGCUCAUAGAAAACGAAGAUGAUUUGAUUUGUUUUGGGUUCAGUCUUGUGUUCCAAGAAAGCAGGUGAGUCCUUUUUGUACAUAUUAUUAGCUCUAUAUAUAUAUGGUUGACAUAGUGAGGGACAAGUUUAGUUUUUGGGUUGCAGAGUGAAAGUUUGUUGUAUCAUAAAGGGAAAACCCUGAAACUGUAGUUAAAUAAAUCUUGCAGCAAAAUAAUUUAAGGUCUUGAAAGA